AUGGGGACAUCAUGGCAUAAUGUGAAUGGGAAGAUUUGGAUUUUUGUGGAUGCAGAAAUUCAAGUAGAAAUAAUGAGAGAUACAGAACAACUGUUAUCCUGUAGAUUCACUCAUUUGGGUGAUGGGCAAGAGUUGGUGCUUACAGUUGUUUAUGCGAGUACUGAUAGAACUGGGAGAAUAGCUCUAUGGGAGGAUCUAUAUGACAUGUCUUCACACAUCACCAUCCCAUGGCUUGUGGGUGGGGAUUUUAAUGUCAUUACAGAUGACAUUGAGAAAUUUGGGGGUCUUCCUGUACAGUUUGCAGAAACAGAGGAUUUUAGACAAUGUAUAGACAUUUGUCAACUGAUGGAUCUUGGUUUUACUGGAAGUAUGUUCACAUGGUGGAAUGGGAGAUCGGAUGAGGCUUGUAUAUUUAAAAGACUGGACAGAUGUUUGGGAAAUCAGGCUCUGCAGAAUUGUUUUCCUAAUUUGGAGGUAGAGCAUCUCAUUAAACAAGGUUCUGACCACUCACCCUUGCUGGUAAAUAUGAGAGCAGAUAGUAGACCAAUUAGGAAAUCUUUCAGGUUUCUUAAUUUUUGGGUGGAGCAUGAAUCUUUUCUAGAUGUAAUCAAAGAAAAUUGGGUGGAAUCUUAUGGCUCAAACCCCUUCUUUAACUUCCAUAAUAAGUUAAAAAAGGUGGGAAGAGCUCUCUCUAAGUGGAGUAGGGACACUUAUGGUGAUAUCUUCAAGCAAAUUGCAACUCUGGAGGAAGUGGUACAGGUGCAUGAGCAAGAAUUUGAACAGAAUCCUACAGGGCUUAACAGGGAAAGGCUACAAAGGGUACAAGCUGAUCUGAUAAGGUUUUAUGCUAUUGAAGAAAAAUUUUGGAGACAAAAAGCAGGGAUGUUGUGGUUUCAGGAUGGAGAUAGGAACACAAAAUUCUUUCAUGCUCAUCAAUCAGGAUUUGUUAAAGGCAGGAGUAUUGUAGAAAACAUUCUGUUGGCUCAGGAAAUUGUACAUGAUAUUAGGAUUAGAGGAAAGCCUGCAAAUGUUGUCAUUAAGCUUGACAUGGAAAAGGCUUAUGACAGAUCUAUGAGAUUAGUGAUGAAGACUUUGAGUAAUUAUGAGAAGGUGAGUGGUCAGAAGAUCAACAAGCAGAAAAGUGCUGUUUAUAUGCAUCAUUUGACAUCUCAUAACAUUAAGGAGCUGGUAUUUUCUGUCACCCAGAUUCCUAAAAAGGAUUUUCCAUUCACAUAUUUGGGUGUACCAAUCUACUAUGGGAGAAGAAGGAACAUUCACUACAAGGAGAUAAUAGAAAAGAUUCAGAAUAGACUGAGUUCAUGGACUGGUAAGCUGUUAUCUAUUGGAGGAAGGACAACACUGAUUAAACAUGUUUUACAGAGCAUGCCUAUACACCUACUAUCCGCUUGUGACCCUCCUAGUGCUAUACUUGCUCAGAUUCAUAGAUUGUUUGCUAAGUUCUUUUGGAGCAACUCUGUGGGAAAUUCAAUAUAUCCAAUUAAUACAAUUAAGCCUCCUGCAGCUUUCGGAAAACAAAGUGUUUCUCAGGCUAGUGUAGCUUUCCUUGAAGUUCACGUGUCUCCUGUUCAUACAAAUGUCGGACUUACAUUGCAUGCUGGUGUGGUGAGUCUCUUACUAAUCAAUGAGACUCCUAGAUAUCUAAUAGGGAGAUCUCCUCUAGCAAAUUCCAGUAUACCCACAAUUUCCAGCUGCACCAAUGGAUCAACUCCUCUAAAAAAGACUGAGCUCUUCCCCUCAUUUGCUAUUAGUCAUGAGGAUGCUGAGAACUUCCUGGAGCAGACAUAUAGAAGUUGA